AUGUAUGCUUCCUUGGUUUUUGGAGAUUCCCCCAGGAACCAGCUCUCAACUUCUGAUGAGAAACACAACGUACCUGCAGAUCUCCGGCCAUAUUUAGAAGAGGCCAAGCAGACCACCGACACUCUCAAAGAGAUUUUUAGGACAACCAAGUGGGCAACGUCGUCCCUCUCUGAUCAUGAUGUCCUCAUCAAAACUGCCCAAAAUGACAAGACUAAAUUGAUGAUGGUCUAUUUGGAAAAUAUCACUUCUCAAUGCCGAAUAACUCAUCAGGUAUCAGCCCCGGCAGCGAACGGGCUCAUCUGGAGCAGGGAAUACGUCACAAUAGCCAGCUGGGAGAAGGAAGGCGACACAAUUUACCAUUCCCUCUCCAGCAUUUCAUGGCCUGGCCUUUCCCUCUCUGAUGAAUACGUGAGGCAAGUUAUUCAUGGUGCAUCUUGA